AUGGUUUCCGAACAAAGUGGUGUCCUUUCUGGGAGUAAUCCCAUGACUGUUAAUGCAUCUGAUCCUUUAACACUUACUAUAGUACAGGUCGUUAUCAUAGUAGUUUUUUGUCGUCUCCUCCAUCUUGGUCUUAAACGUUUCCGCCAGCCACGAGUCAUAUCCGAAGUUAUAGGUGGAAUUAUCCUUGGCCCUUCUGUACUGGGACAUAUUCCGGGAUACUUAGAUAUCAUGUUUUCAAAAGAUUCCCUUACCUACCUUAAUCUUCUGGCUAAUUUGGGGCUGCUCCUAUAUUUAUUCAUAGUUGGUUUAGAAUUGAAUCCAACGAUGAUAAGAAAUAGUAUAAGAACCGUCAUUUCCAUCUCUGCAAGUGGGAUCAUAUUACCUUUUGCCUUGGGUGUAGGAGUCGCAUAUGGCUUGUAUGACGCAAUGGGCAAUAAUAACGUGCCAUUUACGAGCUUUCUAUUGUUCAUCUGCGUCGCUAUGGCUAUUACGGCGUUCCCGGUUCUCGCGCGUAUCUUAUCGGAGCUGAAACUUAUGAAAACUCCCGUAGGUUCUUGCGCGCUAAACGCUGCUGUUGGUGACGAUAUUACCGCUUGGAUCCUCCUUGCAUUAGUUGUUGCGAUAAUUAAUGCUUCGAAUUAUCUCACGGCUCUUUAUGCUUUCUUGAUCUGUGUUGCCUGGACUCUGGUUGUUGGAUUUAUUAUUCGCCCAAUCUUGAUAAAACUCAUUUUUUUAACAAAUUCAAAUCAAGCAUCUCCAUCAACAUUGAUGGUUGCUAUUACUUUAUCGAUCGCCUUAUUGUCUGGAUUUGUUACAAAUAUUAUUGGAAUUCAUUACAUUUUCGGAGGUUUCAUCGUUGGGGUGAUAAUUCCUCAUGAAGGUGGUUUCGCAGUAGCACUUACUGAAAAAAUUGAAGAUCUGAUUACUGUCCUAUUCAUACCCAUA